AAUAUUGACUCAGUAAAUGGUCUUGUUAACAGAAUUGCAGAAAGGGACUGCUUUGUAUUAGUGUGUCAAUUAGGAUGGCUUUCACUAAAUGUUGUAUAGGUAUUUGUGGCUAGGAUCCAAUUCAUUUUAUUUUAUUUAUUUAUUUAUUUAUUUUGGGAAUUGGAAGUUACAUUAUGUAAAUUCAGCAUAGUAAAAGAGAUUCCCUAAAUUAUAAUGUAGCUGUUUUGCAUUAGCAAAUUGCCUUCUAUUUUUCUUCAGUGUCUGCAGUUCUGCAAUAUCCACUAGAAUAGAUGAUAAAAGUUUUUUGUCGAAAUUUAAAUACAUAACCUUUCUUCAGAAACUGCUGGCAGUGAUCUUUCUCAGUGUAGACAUUGGGGAAGUGACACAAGAGAAGAUAAUUUGUUAAUAGUGAAAAAAGGCUUGUUUAAUUAGUGUUUUAAUCAGCUACAAAAUAUUGCUGAUAAAAUUUGCUUUAGCUUUAAAAGGCUUUUGUAAGGCUUCUGCACACAACUAUCCUGGGUUUGUUUAAGAAGACCAGCUAUUACAGUAACAAUGUAGCAUUUGUAAAGCUGUACCGAAGACAUGAGUGAAAGAUGUCCAAGCAAUGAAACUGUCAUACUUGUGCUGCAGGCACUGUGAAUGAAUGAAAUGAGACAGGAAAAAGAAAACACACACAAAACAAAACACAAAAACAAAAGUUACAUUCACAAUGAAGGCAUUGAUGAAAUUAAAGAAUCAUAACGCUUCGUUCACAAGACAAAAUCCAUUAGCCUAUUUUUUUCUUUAUCAUCCUAGGCUGAAAAUAAAAGGAACAAUGAGCACAAAAGGGUGUGACAUCCUAAGUGUUAUAAAUACACGGAAGUGGAAAAAUAAUCUUGAAUUAGGAGAACACAGAUUUGUUUAUUCCCAUCUGAGAAUCCACCCGUAUACCAACAAUUUUAUACAAGAGCUUCUUACCAAAUUAUAGACGUGCCUAUUCUAGCUUCGUUUGUAUUAGUGUGCGCAAAUUACGCAGUAGAUCAGACUGAUUACAGCGAUGGCAAGCAGGGUUCUUGGUCUCUUCCAACAGAAGACAACAUCAUGUUUUAACAAUGGGCAUGUUGGCUACCUGUAGCCUUAACUUAAAAGAACGGGAGAACAUUUUAAGAAUGGAGAGAGCUUUCCCCUUUAAACAAGGUGGGCUGAGCUUAUUUGCAGUUCUCGCUCCUAUGGCAACCCAAUAGAUCAGCAUCAUGAAUAUUCACAAUUCACCAAAACGCACCCUGACUAUGGAACAGUGAUGUCAGCGGUCCCUGGAAUGCUUUACUGUAUUUUUGCACGAUUCUGUUGCGUUGUUUUAUGAAAGCUGGCAAGACGUCUUGUAAAAAGAGCAUCCUUCGUCGUGCAUGACCUUUCUCUGGUCUCCGUAUCACCGUCGGCACGUCUCUCACAUGUCACGCUAAGGUGACUUUCAGGCAGUUUUUCCACUUUUGCGCACAAUGUCGGAACGGCACAAAGAUGUACAUCGGGGACGCAGUGGCCAAGCGGACCGCCCAGGCUGUGUGUGAGGACAUAUGCAAACUGUCAGGUAGUCUGAUUAUGAAAAAGAAUAUUCCUCAUCUGUUUCAGCAGAGCCACGGCGGUCCGUGUCAUGUGUAGCAGGCUUUCAGGGAUUCAGAUUAGCUCCAGACUGAUCGCUCUCACAAACAGAUAGGGAGCGCGGGGCUUGUGGCAAUAACCAAUACAAUACAGGCUAACAAUCUGGAUUUAUUUAAUAUUUCCUGCGUGUCUCAAUGUCAUAAUGGACAGGUUGCACUCCUCCAUGCGUAAAAGGCUCUACAGUUUGCCACAGCACAUUGGACAGAAAGCAUCUAUAAUGGGUGAAGGAGAAGACGCAGACAAGGACACCCGGAGGAAGAGCAUUAGGAUGAAGCCUUUACCGUCACCGUCGCCGACCUCUGGAGGAAGCUGCAAAGGCAUCGGCGAGACCAAAAGUGGGGAAUCUGUGAUCAUGGAGACGGACAUAGGGAGACCUAUGAAGACCAGCUCAAAUGGAGAUUGUCGGAGAUUUCGAGGCAGCCUUUCGUCCAUCACAAGUCGACAUGUGCACGACUCAGACUCUGCGGAGGAGAGACGCCUCAUCACUGAAGGGGAUGUUACCCCGAGCGAAGAGAGCCCCCCUGGAGCAAUGGGUGACGGGCAGCCGGAUCAAGGUGCGCAGGAGGCCAGCAGUGGCGGUGGCGGUGGUGCCCAAAAUGAUUCUCCAGACCAGCAGUCAGGGUUUAUAAAGUUGGAUGGCAUUGAUCAAAUUCUGCCGGACGACGAGAGAUUAUAUCAGGCUGGGUUCAUACACAGACAGUUAGGAGCAAUGCUUCAACCAGGGGUCAACAAGUUCUCCCUGAGGAUGUUUGGAAGUGAGAAGGCGGUUGAACGAGAGCAAGAGCGGGUUAAAUCCGCCGGAUUUUGGAUAAUUCACCCCUACAGUGAUUUCAGGUUUUACUGGGAUUUGACCAUGCUGCUGCUGAUGGUUGGAAACCUCAUCAUCAUCCCUGUGGGCAUCACCUUUUUCAAGGAUGAGCACACCCCGCCGUGGAUUGUGUUCAACGUUGUCUCCGACACCUUCUUCCUCAUGGACCUGGUUCUUAAUUUCAGGACGGGUAUCGUCAAGGAAGAUAACACAGAAAUCAUCUUAGAUCCGCAACAGAUCAAGAUCAAGUACUUGCGGAGCUGGUUUGUGGUCGACUUCAUAUCCUCCAUCCCCGUAGACUACAUCUUCCUCAUUGUGGAGACGCGCAUUGACUCGGAUUUCUACAAGACGGCACGCGCCUUACGCAUUGUCCGCUUUACCAAGAUACUAAGCUUGCUGCGCCUCCUGCGCCUCUCUAGACUCAUUCGCUACAUCCACCAGUGGGAGGAGAUCUUCCACAUGACCUAUGACCUAGCCAGCGCCAUGGUACGAAUAGUCAAUCUAAUCGGCAUGAUGCUGCUGCUCUGUCACUGGGAUGGCUGCCUGCAGUUCCUGGUGCCCAUGCUCCAGGACUUCCCUGCUGACUGCUGGGUGUCCAAAAAUAAGAUGGUGAAUGACACAUGGGGACAGCAGUACUCCUACGCACUUUUCAAAGCUAUGAGCCACAUGUUGUGUAUUGGGUAUGGCAUGUACCCCCCAGUGGGCAUGACAGACGUGUGGCUGACCAUCCUCAGCAUGAUUGUGGGUGCUACUUGCUACGCCAUGUUUGUGGGCCACGCCACUGCACUAAUCCAAUCUCUGGACUCAUCUCGACGGCAGUACCAGGAGAAGUACAAACAGGUGGAACAGUACAUGUCCUUUCACAAGCUGCCUGCAGAUAUGAGGCAGAGAAUCCACGACUACUAUGAGCACCGCUACCAGGGCAAGAUGUUUGAUGAGGAGAGCAUCCUGGGAGAGCUGAAUGAGCCGCUCCGAGAGGAAAUUAUCAACUUUAACUGUCGAAAGCUGGUGGCAUCUAUGCCGCUAUUUGCCAAUGCUGACCCAAACUUUGUCACCUCUAUGCUCACCAAAUUGAGGUUUGAGGUGUUCCAACCUGGGGAUUACAUCAUAAGAGAAGGCACCAUCGGAAAGAAAAUGUACUUCAUACAACAUGGGGUUGUCAGCGUUCUAACGAAAGGCAACAAAGAGACCAAGCUUUCGGAUGGCUCCUACUUCGGGGAGAUUUGUUUGCUAACACGGGGCAGAAGGACAGCCAGCGUCCGAGCUGACACGUACUGUCGCUUGUACUCACUGUCUGUUGACAACUUCAAUGAGGUACUGGAGGAAUAUCCUAUGAUGAGAAGGGCUUUUGAGACUGUUGCUCUGGACCGGCUGGACCGUAUUGGCAAGAAAAACUCCAUCCUGCAGCACAAGGUGCAACACGACCUCAGCUCUGGUGUACUCAACUACCAGGAGAAUGAGAUCAUCCAGCAGAUUGUGCAGCAUGACAGGGACAUGGCCCACUGUGCCCACCUCAUGCAGAACGCUCCACCACAGACACCGCCCUCACCUACCCCUGUCAUCUGGGCCCCACUCAUCCAAGCACCUCUCCAGGCAGCAGCCGCCACCACCUCUGUAGCCAUAGCCCUGACACACCAUCCCCACCUCCCACCAACGCUCUUCAGACCUCCAGUUUCUGUCCUCGGUUCCCUGAAGGACCCUCCUAGCCGACUUAAAAAGUUUCACACAUUUGUUCCUUCAUCCACAUCACCUGGCUCUGCUGGGGACUCUCCUUCUAGCACACCUUCUAAGCUGCAAACUGGGAUAGACAUGCCAUUGCUGGCGUCUUUCCGGGCCCAGCAAAUUACAUCAGGUUCAGGGGCAACUAGUUCAAGCCAGCAUGCUUCAGGUAGCGGAAUACAACGCGGACCUUGCGGGUCUGGGCCUGGGUCCAGUGGAGGAGGAACCUCCGUGUUCCCAUUUGGUCAGUUUUCAUCUACUGGUUCACCUUCAUCUAGUACGGCCCAGCUGCACCCUCAACCACAAAAUCAAAAAUCCUUCCGCUCUGGUACACCACCUCUCUCAAACCUCUUUCACCAAGGAUCUAUAGGUGGAAGCACAGGGUCAGGACUAAGUGGAAGUUUAGCUGGAGCUUGUGGUGGUGCUACGGGGUGGUCUUUAGGUGGAGCAGUUGGAGGUUUUGUGGAAGGGGCCACUGGUGGGGACACUUCCUGGGCUGGAGAGGACUAUACAACUGGGUUGUCAGAAGUGACUUCUAGUGGGCACUCUGGGUUGGGAGGAGCUAAUGGUGGAUCAGUAGGAGGGAUCUCAGGGGAAACCAAGGUAGGAGUAUCUGAAGGAGCAGUGGGAACUGUUUGUAGCAGGUUAUCAGGUGGAUCGGUGGUACCCAAUACAUGUGGGUCCAUAACUGAUACAGCAAAGAGAUCAAUUGGGGGGACUUCCAGAGGAUCACUGGUAAUAGCUUCUGGGGGGUCAGUCAGUGGAACUUCUGGAGAAUCACUGGUAGUGACUACCACUGGAGGAUCACUGGGAAGGGUUUUUGGGGGGUCAGUCAGUGGAACUUCUGGAGAAUCACUGGUAGUGACUACCACUGGAGGAUCACUGGGAAGGGCUUCUGAUGGAUCAGUGGCACUGAUUUAUGGUGGGGCCUCAGGGGGAACAUUUGGAGGAUUUUCUUGUGAUUCAACACAAGGAAAUUCUGGGGGAUCAAUGGGGAGGACUUCUGGUGGAUCAACAACUAGCCAUUUAGGAGGAAGUUCUAGUGGGACAGUGGGAGGAGUGACUGGAGGACAUAUAGGCAGAGCAGUAAGUGGCACAAUUGGAAGCCAUAUAGCAGGAUCUACAGCUUGUCCUCUUGGAGGAAUUCCUGGUGGAAUUACUUCUGGGCUUAUUAGUUCCUCUCGCUGUCAGAGCCCUAUAUCUAAUAAUUCUAUAUCUGGUCAGCUUCCCCAAAACCAACCACCUGCCAAGCCUCCUCAGGUGGCUCCUCUGCAGCAGUUUGCUGGAGGAGGCAGGACUACCAGUGGAUUAAACCUUUUCCAGUCCCCUCCACAAGGUUCCCCAUCCUCUGGUAGAGGACAGCACAGUCAGCAGCCUGCUGAGGGCUCCCCAUCUUCCCUCAGCCAUUCUAGUCUGGCAGGCCUCCAGUCUGGCUGCUUACCUCACCAGAUGUCACUGGAAAGGUCUGCAUUGGCUUCUCUGGCCCAGUAUGGCUCAGCAAACGCCUCGCCCUGCCUUACUCCAGUCGCACCCAGUCCCACUGUUCAAAGCCCCGUGGCAGGCAGGACUUUCCACUAUAGUGACCCUUCUAGUGUCACAGGAUCCCACAGUUCUUUGCUCAUGCCUCAAACUUGUUUUCCUUCACAGCUUCCAAGCCAGCCACAAAAUACAGGAAGAGAUUCCCCUCUGGGACGUUUUUCUGAGGACCUAAAGCUUUUAUCCAGCUCUCAUUCAUCCCUGCCCCAGGAGGUGGCCCAGGUCUUAGGCCACCAAACUCCUUGCUCUUCAAUAGAAACUGGGUAUUACCCUUCUCCAUUUUCCUCUCCUACUCUUGUACCCAAACCCUGUAGCUCAGUGCCAGGGCACAUGACUCCUCCAAUCCAGAUGUCUCCGGGGCACCCUCACCAGACUUAUUCCUCCGGGGCCUCGCCAGCCUUGUCUUUACGGAGGGACUCUGCUGCCUUUUCAUCUGAUCUAGAACCUCAGUCUGUCCGCUCUAAACUCCCUUCAAAUUUGUGAGGAUUGAUCACACCCUCCUGUGCUCCUUUGAACUAAAACACAAAUGAUCUCCAUUUGUGGCAUUCUUUUCUGUCUUCAGACUAUUUUUCACUUUAAUUUUACCAAGAUUUUACAUUUACUGUGAUUUAAAAGACACUUCAUAGGGCAACUCAGAGCUCUAUAGUACACUUUAUUUGAUUUAUGCUUUGUCCUUUUAUUAUUCAUUGAUACUGUAUAUAGAUAGAGUUAUAUUUAACUGAUAAGUUAAUCAAGGGACUAGGAGGGUGUGAAAAUGAUCUCUAUUUAAAAGACAUUUUAUUUAUUUCUAUAACUAUGCCAAAUUCAUGUUGUGAUGUUUAGGAAGGUGAUUCAAUGGACUACCCAAUAAUACUCGUUUUCUGCAGGAACCUAUGCACUAACACCUGCAUGUAUCAACGUUUUUUCUUUCUUUCUUUUUUUGCGUGUGUGUGUUUAAAAAUUAUCUAAAUUUUUAGCGAAAAAACAUGCUUUGAGACAGACUGACUCUUGUAUUAUCUCAUUUAGGAUCACAUAUUGUUGAUCCUUAAAUGUAUCUAUUAGAUUGUACUUAUUUAUUCUCUGUAUAAUCUUUUCAAAACUUUGAGGGAUGGAGAAGAGAUUUUAGGAAACCAAAAAGACUUUUCCUGUGGGAUAAUACUUCACCUCUUCUUGACCCAUUAUCCUUGUUUUAUACCACUUUCUCAAAUUACUGCUGUUUUUGAAGCAGGGGUACAGGGGUUCAGCGAGCUCCCCUCCGUCUAAAUAUUGAGACGUAACAGUAUGUGAGUGACUGGCUUUCUGCAGAGUCCUCAAUCAUGUCCUAACAAGCUCACUUUGUCUUCCAAGCUCAUGUUGCUAAUGUGUGUAGAAAGCAUGUGAAAGCAUAUUUUUUUUCCCCGACUGUGAGCAACUGUUAAUGUGUGAGUGUUAGUGCUAAUAUGUGUGAAUCAGUGGAACAGUCAGAUGCAAAGCAAAACUUUUUCCUAGAAUGAUCAUCAGAGCCUUUUUACACAAAAACUAGGACUUCCUUUAGCGUGUAUGAUGCACUGUGUAGCACGCAGACAAUUUAAAGUCAAAAAUAGCCAGAUGUUUAAUAUCCCACAAACUAGACUUUCAUGUAGGAAAAACAGUAUAUUCAGUACACAAUCUGAAGUAUUUGAAAAAUGCUGGAAACUAGAAUACACCUUGAUAUUUAAUUACUUCUAUUUUAGUUGUUAUAUGCUGUCAGCAAAGACAUUUUGAAAGCUAGUGCUGAGUUGGAGAUGAAGUUGAAUGUAAGUAAGUACUUUUGCUAUUGUAGAUUAACUGAAGGCACAAUGCCCCAGGGGGUUAAGAGACUGUUCCACCACUGAAAAGGUCAUGGAUUCAAUAUCUUUGACAGAUGUUUCCAUCAGCAGCAGCCAUUUCUACUGCCAAAGUGUCCUUUACCAAGACACAGAAUAAGGACUUGCUAAAUUGUUUGUGAGGUUAUUGGAUGUGUUACUCAGUUAAGUUCUCUAAAAACAGAUUACUCCUCUGCAUGUGUUCCUUAAAAUAUUGAUGCACAACUACAUUGCCAAAGUAAACCUGAGAAAAAUUGUAAAUUGCAAUAUAAUCUCCAAUACAUAGAUUAAGUAACAAGAAGCGUGUAAAAAUAAGAGAGAUUUUGACACACAUACACACACACAUAUAUAUAAAGAGAGUCACGUGAAAACGAGUACACCCCAUGAUUCAGUAGCUUGUGGAAUCAGCAACUUUUAUCAGCAACUUCAAGUAAUCAUUUUCCACAUGAAUUUAUCGGUCUCUCACUUUGUUAUAGAGGAAAUUUGGCCCACUCCUCUUUGCAAUGUUCUACAGUUCAUAAGGUUUGUGGGCAUUCAUCCUAAGAUCUUAAGACACAGCAUUUCAACCAGGUUGAGGUAUGGAUUUUGACGGCACCAUUGCAACACCUUGAUUCUUUUGUUUUUCAGUCAUUCUGUUGUAGAUUUGCUGCUGUGUUUGUGAUUAUUGUCCUGUUACAUGAUCCAGUUUUAGCCAAGUUUUAGCUGUUGGACAGAUGGCUUCACAUUUGACUCUAAAAUACUUUGGUACACAGAGGAGUUCAUAGUCAACUCAAUAACCUCAAGGUGCCCAGGUCUACUGUAGGUAGCAAAACAAAUGCAAGUCACCGCUCCACUACUAUUCUUGACAAUUGGUAUGACGUGUUUGAGCUGAUAUGCUGUGUUUGGUUUUCGCCAAAUGUGGUGCUGUGCAUUAUAGGUAAACAUCUUCACUUUGGUCUUUUUUGUUCUUCGAGGACAUUGUUCCCGAAGUCUUAUGUUUUGUGCUGCCAUGUUCUUUGUAGAGAGAAGAGGCUUUCUCCUGGCAACCCUUCCAAUUGUACUGUCAUAAACUUUAACAUUUGACAUGCUAACUGAGGCCUGUAGAGUCUGAGCUGCAGCUCUUGUUUUAUUUUUGUAUUUUUGUCAGCUUCUCUGAACGUUCCACAGCCUGUCCUUGGGGUGAAUUUAAUAGGACAUCCAUUCCUGCGAAGACUGUAGCAUUGUGUUAACACACACCUGAAUGAAGACCAGGAAACUGCUAAAACUUGUGCUGUUAUAAAGGUGGUCAUACUUAUAUGAUGCAUUAAUCAAAUACAUUUGAUUAACAGGACCUGGCUCUUAGUGCAUCAAAUAGGAUCAAAAGUCUGCUUAUGUACGUUUCCAAUUAUUUAUUCAACAAAUGUGUCAGUGGAUGUAAUAGUCUUGUGGAAAAAGUAAGUACAAUUCUAAAGCCAUUUUGCACUUUUUUAAAGUAAUUUUAAGCAUAAAUAACAUAAAAUUCUAUUCAUUUCAAGAUGUUUGAUGUUUUUCUUCUAUGUGCUUCCUAUUUCACUCCCAACCUUUCAACAGGAUUCAAAUCUGAGCUAUGACUAAGCUAUUCCAUAACUACCCCUUUUCUUUAUUUGAGCCAUUCCUUGGUGCAUCUACUAGUGUGUAUACUACUAGUGUGAAACUUCAGACAGCCUUUCAUUGUCUUUAGGCACUCUUCAAUAUCAUGCAGAAUUCAUAGUGGGAUGAAUGACUGUAAAAUCUGCAGUCAGGCAGCAAAUUCCCUCUAAACACACAAUUUGGUGAUUCAUUCACUGACAAUACCGAUGUAAGGUUUUUUUUUCUCCUGAAAACUUGAUUCUGAUCUGUGUCAAACAUGCUUAUUAAUAUUAUUACAAAACGAAUAAUAUUUGAUUUCUCUUUUCCUGAGCACAUUGUUCCAAAAGGCCUGGUCUUUGCAUAUACACUAAUCAGACAAUAACAUUGUGACAUACUGACAGGUCAAGUGCAUUAGUGGGUGGGCUAUAUUAGGGAGCAAAUGAAAAUGUUGUCCUCAAAGUUCAUGUAUCAGAAGCAGGAAAAAUUGGCAAGCAUAGGGAUUUGACUGAGUUUGACAAAGGACAAAUUAUGGUAAAUGGGAAAUAAAUAUUUUUUUUGUAUACAGUGUUUCUACUCCAGCUGAGCUUUAUACAACAUGUCUCAUUCACCCGUUCACACACAAGCACUUUACAAGCAUGCUGAUCGAUGUAUCAGAGAGCAACUUGGGUUUUGUAUCUUACUUAGUGGCUUCCGGUCGAGCAGACACCCGCAGAUAACAAAGCUAACUGCAGAUCCUUUGAUGAGAUCUGCAUCAAAUGAUCUGCUGAUAGGUUGAAUUCUCUGGGGAACAAUUAAUGGACAAAUUAGUAGUCAUUUAAAGUAUAUUAUUACUUAUAAGUAAUUUAGCUUACAGUGGAAUUAUUUAUUUCAGAUUGUUUUGGAAAUAUUUUUAACAUCUACAAUAUUUCUUAGACCUCUUAGAGAGCUUUUCAGAUAUUGAUACAACAACACUACACACAUGAAAAGUAAAUGAACACCGGAUCUUAUGUCACAGGUUUAAGUGAGACAAUUUUAACCUGUCACUUGCUAAAGAGUUUGUAAUUAUCAGAGUAUCCUGAACACCUGAUUCCCAUUUCAUGGAUAUGAAGGGUACAUAAGUGAUGUACUUACUUUUUUAAUUUAAUUAUUGAUUUAAUAUUCUUAUUAUUCUUUUCUUUGUUUAUUUUAUUGAAAUGAAAUGGCUGAAAAAAUGGCAAUUAAAUGCCUCAAUUUUAUUUUAUUUAUUAGAAUUAUUAUUAAGCAGCAUCUCAAAAAGCAACAGUUUUUUGCUUGUCGAAAGUAUAAUGGGAUAUUCUUACUUUUCACAUGAUGGUCUAUAAUAAAUAACAUUUAGAUAAUUCAGAUUUUUUUUUACUAGUAUUCAGUCAAAAAGCAUGUAUUAGAGUCUGUUUGAAUAAAAGUAUGCUUUCAAAAUCUGUUGGCACUAAAGGGAGCCUUCAAGUGGUUAAAAACUAUAUACACAGCAGAGUAAGGUAUCACAAAACUCUCAAAGGUGAGGAUCAGUGAUAUGUUUCUACAUGUUUGUCUGUAGCUCAUCACAAAGACAGACCCAGGUUCCACCGAGACAGCUGAGUCCUUAACGAAGUCACAGCAGUCAGCCACUGCAGCCUAAUUUAACAAGACAUGUCUGUAAUCCCUUGACCCUCAAAUACUAUCCAGGAGUCACGCACAUACAAAGCUACCAUGCCCUCCCCUCAUUACAGUCAUGUAAAGUCAGUCUGAUAAUGUAAAGCAAUACUUAUGGCAUGACACACAGUUGCACAAAUGCACAUUUACUGACAUGCACAUGUCCAUUAGAUUGUAUUCUGAUUUUGCAAAAGUUUUAACUAUUUUGGAUUUCCAAUUUAAAAAAAAAUUACAUUUCAUGUUGUUGAAAAUGUUGAGCAAAUUUUAUGACCGACCUGCCCAGCCGCAGCAGUUAUAACCACUUUUAUAAUUAGGAAUUAAGCCCAUUUCUUUAUGUGUUUGACUCACAAUAUUAGAACAAGUUAUUGUUAUUAUUAUUUUAUUAUUUUGCAAGUAUGCUGUUAUAAGCAUUCAGUGAAUAUGUAUGUGUUUCACUUAUCUAUAACCUCUUAAGAAUUAUGGGAAACACUAUGACUAAUGAAUAUUUUUCCAUCAUCAGCCCAAAGGGACUUUGGGGCUAGUAAAUGUGGAAUAUAAUCGAGUGAUAUUGUGUUAGAUAGAGACAGACUGGGGGAGGGGCAUCACAGAGAAUGUAGCAUUAAUCAUUGCAGCAAUGCAUUUAAACCAAUAUAAUGAAUUUUUUUAAUGUUAAAAAAUAACAGUCUUCUUGCUCUAGACAGACAGACUGGGUUACUAAUGGUUAUAGCAGUGCUUUGUUCACCUCUCCCACAUCUAACACCUUUUUUUCAUUAGCAGUAAACAGCUAUCUGAAAGGCUCUAAACCAUUUAUAUUGGCUUCAUGGCUCAUGGGGUAAAAGGAACAGAGCUCUGCAACAAAAUCACAAUAAUAAAGACACAGAAAUGUUUCACAUCGGGAAUAUUGAUUGUCUGCACAUAGUGUAGGCAUUUAAAACCACAAUUGUUCUGUACCUGUUUCCAUCAUAAAGUCAGACAGGCUGCUGUGGCUCCAACAUCAGGAAAAAGUCCCCCAUUUUUUCUCACAAUAUGACCUUAAUAAGGUAUAGAGUUGGAGGACAGUUUGAAACCUGCCUGCAAGACAAAGGUGUAGAUGUGAGGCGGCAUUGAUGCACUGCAGGAAUGACAUAGUUGGACACUUAGCCACAGGGAAGACAAGUAGUCCGACAGGCACCCCAUGUGGUACUCAUGUUGAUGGGUUACUUGUGGCAUAUUGCCCCCACUUUGUGAUUGUAGAGUGCUAGUGGAUGUUUUUCAGCAUUGAUUAGGAGAAAAUGAGAGAAAGUUUUGAGCGGUGUGAGUGAGUGCACAUGCAAGAAAGUGUGCCCCUCAGUUACAAGGCAGAGUUGAUACCCAGAGGUGCUGUCAGACAUGAGUGGGACAUGGGUCCUAGAUCGUAUGGAGAGGGAUUGAUAAACUCAGUCUGUUCCAUUAUCACAGAUAACUGGUUAAAGAAGAGCCUGGGAUUGUUUUUAACUGAGUCUUUUAAAGUUUGAAAACUGCUGAUUACUGUGAAGUAAAAGACAAUUGGCUAUUGAUUAAUCAUCCACUGGCUUGAAUUAUGUAAUGUAAAUGACCAGGAUGUUCAUUAUCCUUAUGGGCGCAAAAUAUUGUUUAGCUUCAUUCAUGUAAUCCUUCAUUCAGACUAAAGAUGUGAAAAUAGCCAAAACUGGAGUAACAAGAUUUUCACCUGACAGCAAUGUUUAUUCUUCAAGGGGAUUUUCUGUUUCCAUCCUGCUAGACUGUUUGCUACAUCUGUAGCAUAGUGUAGUAUAGAGGCAGUGUUUUUUAUUUUUUUCAGAGGAAUCAUCUGGGAAUUAGAUUAGAAGGCUUUGAAACUUUGUGUCGUUUGAGGCGAAUAAAAAAAAACAACGGUGACUCACUCGCUCAUGCAGAGACCUAUUUUCAUUAUGUCUCCCUGUGUCACCCAUCCAAACAUGGGAAGAAAAUGGCUGUUUGAGAGCAAUAGAGAAAACAGCAAUGAAGGGGCAGCUGAAGCAUCACAACAUCUGCCAUCUAUCUGUACAAACUCUUGGAGCUAGGUUUUCAGAUAUCUGUAUAGAGGAAACAGUACAAAGCGCCUGACAUGUCUGUUUUCAUGCUGAAUAACUUAAUCAAAUCUAGGUCAGGGAUACCUGGUCUUGAUAGGGAGGGUUUCAUGAAAAAUGUUUUUCUGUAGCAUAAUGUACAAAUGCACAAUGCACAAAAAUAGUCUCAUAGGAGAAGAGUGGAAUUGCAUCAGAUUUAACCACUAGCAAAUUUCCAUCUACACUAUUUGGGCAGGUCAACACAAUAAUAAACAAAAAAUAGCACAAACAUGUUUAAUACUUUAUUGACACAAAAAUGUGCAUAGCCUGCUUAUCUAUAGUAGAUGUGCUGUGAAGUGGCCAGCAGAUUUGUAAGUUGCGCCUCUCUUACCUCCAGCUUUGGUGGAGUUCCACACAGCAUCUCUGUACCAUUUACAAUUCAUAUUUGCUUCUGUUCAGCAGCAACCUCAGAUUCUGUUUGGUGGAUUUCCAAUUCCGCUGGUUAAUCUUAGCCUCCUUCUCCCUUUGUGCUGCCCAUGAAUAUGGGUUGGUGAAUAAGCAAUGCACACUAAUGAAAUCAUUUGCUGUGAUUGAGGAUUAGAUGUAGCAGCAGCAGAAUUGAACCUGCAAUUUCUCGAGGGAAAGAAAGGAACUAUGUUUUUUUUUUUUCCAAGGCCCUCGUUAUUCAUUCAUGACUGCAGAUUCCUUCUACCUUUCCAUAAAUGCUCAUCAUAUUUCACACACCAGCACCAGAAUCAGGUGUUUAGGACAGGGUAGCACGGAGUCAUUUGAUAUGAUAGCAAGAUGGCUAUAUAUGAUGUUAUAUAUAUAUAAAGUUGUUUAUUGUAGCAUCUAAUAAAACUGACCUCAUUUGCUGCUUCUCUAGUGAGAAGAAAUAAAGGAACUAUAAGGUUAUUCUGACCACAAAGCAGGCUGUUAGACAGUAUAACCUGUACAUGAACCAUUUUAGGAACAGCAGGGUGCAUAUAGGUUAACACACCUACAGAUUACCUGAAAGAUCCUGUAGGGUAAUGCCGCAGUGCAGCGACCUGGCAGGAGACCUUCUUUGUAGCUGUCGGUACAAAAACACUCUUUCAGGCAGUUUUAAAAGUGAUUCAUGUGCAAAAUAUGACUUGUUUCUGUAAUGCAACAAUAUACAAAUUAGAAGCUUAGAUUUGGAAAAUAUGUGUCGCAUAUGUUUCUCUGUUAGUUGCAGCUCAUCAGAAAAUCCUGUGUUGAAGCCAAAGGUGAGCCUGCUCCUCCCCGGAUUAAUGUGGGCAAAACAGAAAAGGGCACAUUUAUAUUCUAUUUGGAAAGACGAGGGUUUAGAUUUAAAAAAAAAAAAAAAAGAAAAAUCUGCCUUUUAAAGCUGUCUUUCAUUUGUGGAAGUACUAUAACUCCAUUUAAUCUAAUGUUGGCAUCAUGACGUUGACAAGUUACUUAGUUAUACAGCUAUUUCCAUAGGACCUAUUUAUAUUUCUGUAUUUAUUUUAGACUACUUAAUAAGUAAUGUCAACUCCAUGCCAGAUUAUGAUAAGCAAUGUUCACCAAAUUGUGUGUUUGUACAGAGUUCAUAACCUGUCCAUGAUUUUUAAGGAAUUUUGCAUUGUAUAAGCUCUACACUUUGGUACAGCGCAGGAGUGGGACAUUUUCGUUACAUGACGCUGCAGACGAAGUCUUUCUAUCUGAAGGCUCAACCUUUUUGUUCCAUGAAGGCAGGGACUGGUUCCACACUUCCUAUGAGGACUACCAACCUUUUGAGGAGGACAGUAUUUUGAUCGCUUUGCUAUUGAUCAACGAAUAUCUUUUAUGUUCUGCAUUUAACAUGGGAACUAUGAAAAAAAGCAAUAAGGGAACUGGGAACUGUAAAUGUAUGGUGUGAAAGGUAGCUAUGGGACAUUGCGCUGACCCACACAGCAAGCACACGUACAGUAGCCGUGGCUUGCAGAUUGUGUGGCGGUGAAAGGAGUGAACUGUUGAUAAGCACACAUACUGGAUGAAAUAAAACGGUAUAGAAUAAAAUAUAAGGAAC